UGCCGACACAAAUACAAUAAAUUAGUUAAACGCACACAUUUCCAUUUUUAAUAUGACAGAGAUAGAUGGUUAUUAUUAUUAUCAUUUUAUAUUCCAACACUUAGUACUCGACUGACAAGUGACUUGAAUAAUAAUAAUAAAAAUGAUUGUAGGAUACGACAAUAGACUCCAUAAAAUAACGUCAAAAAUGUCACUGCUCGGCCUCCAUACUUACUUCCGACCUCUUCUGGGAGUGUUCCAGCUCGGGGACGCACCUCCUCCAUCCUCCCGAGCACGUACGUACUUAGGUACGUAGACGCACCUGACCCCCGCCUGCAGGCACACGUAAAAGAGGUUGACUUUGCAAGAAAAGAGCAGACUGCUAAGCCCCUCCUACUCCCUGCCGGAGGAUGACUGAUGGAUAUCUGUCAGUGGGACGACACACGCGGCUGUACUGCAAGAAUGGCGGGCAUCACCUCCAGAUCCUCCCCGAUGGGACAGUCUGGGGCGAGAGAGACGACACGGACGUCCACGUUGUUUUAAGUCUCAGAGCUGUGGCUCCAGGCGUGGUGGUCAUCCAAGGGCGAGAAACGGGCCAAUUUCUGGCCAUGAGCGACGAGGGCCGCUUGUACGCAUCACCUACCGCCAACGAUGAGUGUUACUUCCUGGAGAGGCUGGAGGAGAACCACUACAACACAUACCAAUCUCACAAAUAUCAGGAGAACAAAUGGUAUGUGGCCUUGAAGAAGAACGGCAAACCUAAACUGGGUCCCAGAACUCACAUUGGACAAAAUGCCAUCUUCUUCCUUCCCCGCCAUUUGGAUGCAGACGCCAGCACGCAGUGAUCCAUCACGGAUGGAUGCUGGCUUCCAAUAAGUCCUUAAGGAAAAGUGGCCUUCUGUUUCCAUCUUAUCCAAACAAACAUGUCAGAAAUGUCAUGUCGAUCUCCAUGUAUAGUAUGUAUUUGGAUUGUCUACAACUCAUUACUCAAGAAAGUCCUUAACACUGACCACUUUGCCGACACCUAGCGGCCAUUGUGUGAAUUGCAAAAUCUAUGUCGACAUUAACAACGCUUAAAAAUAUAUACAGUACGUAUAUAUACAGUAUAGUGGAACCUUGGCUAGUGUCAUUGUUUCCAGAAGGUCCGACUCUAACCGAAUCAAUUUUCCCACAAUAAAUAAUAUAAAUCCAAUUAAUCCGUUCCAGAAAGCCAAAAAUGUUAACACAAAACAUGUUUUUGGAGUUUUACAUGCUGUAAACAAUUCCAAAUCCAUAUACAUACAUAUAAUUAAUGAACGAAAGGGAUACAUUAACAUUUCUUGAGUUGAAUAGUGUUUCUCACCUCAGUAACCCAAAAUGGAGUCACAGAAAGUUUUAAGUGCCAGCAUUUCGAUAAAGAACUAUUGGACCGAACUAAAUGUCAAGAAAUAACUCAUGACAAAACAGGAAGAUUGUGUCCGUAUUGUGUCUCGCUGGGAACACUCAAAUCUUGAAUCACGUCAUCAAUGUAGGUAAAAGUAACCUUAAACCUUCACUUAUCCCUUUCAUUCGUCAUUUAUAUGCAUUUAGAAGGGUUUUAUAUAGGCUACAUAGCGGACUUCCGGUUCUGGUUGCCAUGUUAGCACGCUAGCAUCUUUGGUAGAAGCAAAGGACGUUGUGUGCUAAAACUAUAAGAACACAGUUGGACUCACAGUCUAUUAAUAACCAAAGAUGUGCGCCAUAUUGUAUGUUAACCUAAAAUUUUUGCGUACAUUUUCGACGUUAACUGAAAAACACACUAACUGAGGGUCGACGGUAGAUAUUUAUACAUAUGUAGUGUAUAUAUACUGUAUAUAAGGGCUGUCAAAAAUAGUGCGUUAACGGCAGUAAUUUAUGUUAAUUUUUGUUUUUUGCGUAAUUAACGCAUACAUUAUGAUGGCAAGCCACGCCUCUGUUAUGACGACAGACGGCGGCACAGUGUAGCUCCCCACAGAGUCCGCCGCUUUAUUCUGACCAGCACACGUCGACAGCAGUACAAUUCCAACACCAUAUACAGUGGUGUGAAAAAGUGUUUGCCCCUUUCCGGAUUUCUUUUGGUUUUUGUUUUUGUUUUUUGCAUGUUUGUCACACUUAAAUGUUUCCACCCUGAGCAGCAACGACUGCAAUCAAGCGUUUGCAAUAACUUGCAGCGCUGUGGAGGAAUUAUGGCCCACUCACCUGUCUUGUUGUAAUUCAGCCACAUUGGAGGGUUUUCCAGCAUGAAGCACCUUUUUAAGGUCAGCCCACAGCAUCUCAUUGGGAUUCAGGUCAGGACUUUGACUAGGCCACUCCAAAGUCUUCAAUUUGUUUUUCUUCAGCCAUUCAGAGGUGGACUUGCUGGUGUGUUUUGGAUCAUUGUCCUGCUGCAGAACCAACAGAUGGCCGGACAUUCUCCUUCAAAUGGGCCAUAACAAGCAAACUGAAGGAUGCAGCUCUACAUCACAAAGCCAUGACACAGGUGUGCAGUGAAAUUUCAACAAUUAACCUAAAAACUGUUGGGACUCAUCACAUGAACACGAUUGUGCUUCAAUGGCGGAUUCCUCUGACACGGCCCAACAUCGCAAAUGACUUGUUUGUUGUUUUUUUUGGCAUGGAGGUCAAAUAACGAUGGCUCAUUUGGAUGUUGUUAGUCAUGUUUCUAAAAGUGUCUGCAGCCAACAUUCUUUGAUAAUAGUUUUGUUUCAGUCACAAGAAGGAAUUCUUUCCCACACCAGUCAGUCACUUAGGCUGCUUUUUUUUUUUUUUUUUUUUUGCAAACUAAACUUCCCGUUAUCUAAAAUCAACACGCUUUGCUGUGUUGCAACACCAUGCGAGGGAGGUAAAAUGCUUCUGACUGAAUAAAAACAAGCAAAAAUCACAACGUCUGACAACGUGAAUGCGUGAAUUUGGUCACUGCACUUGCAAUCUAUGAAAGACAUGCAUUACAAGCUUGUACGCUACAUGGACUAAAAGCAUGAAGAAUAUCUCUUCAUUAACCUUAAUUAUUCACAACUAGAACUGAGAUUUUCCACUUCCUGUAAAGCAGGGGUGUCCAAAGUAUGGCCCAGGGCCAUUGCCCCACCAUUACAGAGUUAAAAAAAACAAAAACCCAUCAGAACAUUACUAAGAAGAUUUAGGGCCACACUGAAAAAAAGGUUAUGAAAAGUGAGCGUAGCGCCCCCAAAUGUACAGGUACAUUUACCAACAUCUUUUUAUGUUUCUAUGCACCAGUAUGAUAUUUAUCAUGCUAAAUUAUUAUGGUUAAAGUGAAAUUUGUUAAAACAUUGUUAUUUCUUGAUGAAAAUGUCAAAUUAUAAUUAUUUACCUGCAUUCAUGAACAGAAAAGUUGGUUUAGCAAGGCGCUAUUGAGGUGGGGGGGGGGGUUUUGGCUUAUUAUGUGUGAAAAGGGACUAUGGUCGUCCCUCGUUGAUCAUGGUUCACUGGUUCCAGACCAAAAAAGUAGGAAUCAGUACGGAAUAUUUUUGUCGUUAUGGCAUAGAAUACCUGUUUUUCUGUCUUCUAAAUAUGUUUUUUUUUUUUUUUACAUUAUUAGAACCC